AUGGCGUCCAAGGGCGCGCACGCGCGCGGGACCGACGGAAGCGAUCACGCCCAUCGUCACCGCGUGGUCGAUCGCUAUCGACGAAGCGCGCGAGAUCGACGUCGGGCGCGAGCGUUGCUGGUGAUCGAUGGGACGAUCGCGAUCGCGAUGGCGUCGCUCACGGCGUUGGCCGUCGCGUGGCGGGACGGACGCGGGACGGACGCGCGCGCGAUGGACGCCAUGGUGACGUGCGCGAUGAUCGCGGUGCUGGCGUUUCACGGGGCGACGCGAACGGGGGAUAAGAGAGAUUUGAAGGCGACGCGGCGGAGCGCGCUCGCGGCGCUCGCGUGCGGGACGUGGCGGUCGGGACGCGAGCUCUGGGCUCGGUUCGUCGGCGCGAAUGAACGCAACGCGGUGUCGUGGACGUGGAGUGAGGGAGCGAGCGUGUUGGUGGAGAAGGCAUUGGGGGUGUCGGUGAAACCGGGGAUGUUUUAUCCGGCGUUCGUCAACGCGGAGGUGCUGUGCGAGCUCGCGUUCGUCGUGCUUCCGCUCGGCGCGCACUUGAUGUGCGUCGGGAUCGAUCAUCAGUCGAAGAAGAAGGAGAGGUAG